GCCUCCAGCAUGCUGUGCUCAGGCAGCAGCAGCGGCUUCUUGGUGGUGUCUUGGCCAUGACACACAUUUGACAUGCCCUCCCUUCAUUCACUCACAGACUCUUGUUCUGCGGCAUGGACCAGAGAGAAAUUCUGCAGCACUUACUGAGUGAGGCCCAGAAAAAGAAAAUUAACAAGGAGGAGUUUGCCAAUGAAUUUCUGAAGCUGAAAAGGCAAUCUACCAAGUACAAGGCAGACAAAACCUACCCUACAACCGUGGCCCAGAAGCCCAAGAAUAUCAAGAAAAACAGAUACAAGGAUAUUUUGCCCUAUGACCAUAGCCUGGUAGAGCUGAACCUGAUAACUUCUGAUGAGGAUUCCAGCUAUAUCAAUGCCAGCUUUAUUAAGGGUGUCUACGGACCCAGGGCUUAUAUUGCCACCCAGGGUCCUUUAUCUACAACUGUCCUGGACUUCUGGAGGAUGAUUUGGGAAUAUCGUGUCUUGGUCAUUGUCAUGGCAUGUAUGGAGUUUGAAAUGGGAAAGAAAAAGUGUGAACGCUAUUGGGCUGAGCCAGGAGAGACACAGCUGCAGUUUGGCCCUUUUUCUAUAUUCUGUGAAGCUGAGAAAAAGAAAUCUGAUUAUAUAAUCAGGACUCUGAAAGCCAAGUUCAAUAAUAAAACUAGAAUUAUUUACCAGUUUCAUUAUAAGAAUUGGCCAGACCACGAUGUGCCUUCAUCUAUAGACCCCAUCCUUGAGCUCAUCUGGGAUAUACGUUGUUACCAAGAAGACGACUGUGUUCCCAUAUGCGUUCAUUGCAGUGCCGGCUGCGGGAGGACGGGUGUCAUCUGUGCUGUUGAUUACACACGGAUGCUGCUGAAAGAUGGGAUAGUUCCUGAGAACUUCAGCGUUUUUAGUUUGAUCCAGGAAAUGCGAACACAGAGGCCUUCACUAGUUCAAACUCAGGAACAAUACGAACUGGUCUAUAGUGCUGUGUUAGAACUAUUUAAGAGGCAUAUGGAUAUUAUUGGAGAUGAACACUCUGGAAGAGAGAUUGAAGCAGAAUUUUCAAUUCCUGAACAAAAUCUCACUGUACAAGCUGACUCUUGUCCUCCGGACUUACCAAAAAACGCCAUGAAAGAUGUAAAGACUACGGCGGAGCAACCGAGCAAACCAAGGGUGGAGGUGGCCAGCGCAGAUGCGUCUUCCUUUGACAGGACUUCUGAAAUAAGGGCCAAGGAAGAGCUCGUUUUGCGUUCGGCUAAAUCAAGCCCUUCUUUUGAGUUUUUAGAGCUAAACUGUGAGUGUAACAACAAGGUUGUCAUAACCAGGGAAGGGCAGGCAAAGGCCUCUCCAGUCGUGGGAGAGCCCCUUCAGAAAUACCAGAGUCUGGAUUUCGGUUCCACUUUGCACGGGUCGUGUCCUGGUGCUCCGCCCAGCACCACAGCAGGCAGGUGCAGCAAUUCAAAGGGGCCGGUGACACGGACCAAAUCAACUCCCUUUGAGUGGAUUCCGCAGAGAAAAACAAGCGAGUUGGACAUGGAAGACGGUUCUUCAUUCUUGGAAUCUCAACUGCAUGCGCCUUGUCUCAUGGAGCUGCAGGCGCAAAGAGUGGUCCAUGUUUCUUCCGAGGAACUGAAUUAUUCACUGCCACGUGCCUCUGAGCACCCAACAUGCGAUGCCCCUUGUGUACUGCAGCAAGGCCCCGACACUUCUAGGGUGCAUUCUUGCACGUCUUUAGUAGAAGAUCCCUAUUUUCCAUCGUCACCCCCAAACAGUGCUGAUUCUAAGAUGUCUUUUGAUCUGCCUGAGAAGCAAGAUGGAGUCGUAUGUGCUUGUGCUCUGCUGCCAGCCUCUUCUACAGCCUCCCCUUCCUACUGCAGCUCCCGCGAGUCUUCAAUGGCAAGCCCUGGGACCGGUUUCCCCCCACUGUUAAACCAAGAGACAGCCACACAAGUGACUUCUCCAAGGAUAGAUGACGAAAUUCCCCCUCCGCUCCCUGAACGGACACCCGAGUCUUUUAUUGUGGCUGAGGAAGCUGGAGAAUUCUCACCAAGUGUUACUGAGUCCUUACCUGUGGUGAAGGUAAGAAUUGGAGCCUCACUGGAAUGGAGUAGAGCAUCUGACUCAAAGACCCACAGCUCUGUGGGACUUUAGCAACUUUCUGUGAAACUCACACGUCCCAAAUCAGAUCUACAUCAGGAUGGUUCCCCUCCACCUCCACUCCCAGAAAGAACUCCGGAGUCCUUCCUUCUUGCUGAUGAAGACUGUUUACAGGCCCAACCCAUAGAAUCUUACUCUACUAGCUAUCCUGAAACUAUGGAGAACUCAACAUCUUCUAAACAAACAUUGAAGACCCCUGGAAAAAGUUUCACAAGGAGUAAAAGUUUAAAGAUUUUUCGAAAUAUGAAAAAAAGUGUUUGCAAUUCUUCCCCACCAAGCAAGCCUGCAGAAUGUGUUCAGCCAAAAAAUUCCAGCUCAUUUCUGAAUUUUGGUUUUGGAAAUCGUUUUUCAAAACCCAAAGGACCAAGGAACCCACCAUCAACUUGGAAUUUAUAAGAACACUGGCUGCAGAUGUGCCUGUAAAUAAAACUACUAGAAUACUGCUUUAAUAAUAAUAAUAAUAAUAAUAAUAAU